UUGCACGAGGCAGGAAAUACGUCACCGCGCCGUUGAAACCUUCAGCUGUCAGACUUUGGCCACCCUAAAAGUGCAGGUUUUGUUAGCAAACUAACUCGAACUGUUCAACCCGCGGCGACUUUGUUCAAAGUUGUGCAUUCGUCUGCGUUUCGAUCGUGUAACGCUCGAGCGGUUGAUUGGAGCGCGAAGAUUUGCACCGCGACGAACCGCUCAGUUUUAAUCGCUGCUAGUUUUUGCACAAGCCAGCGAUCCUGUAGCGGGUGUAAGGCUAGAUGCAGGGAGGGAGGGAGUAAAAAAAGGCAAAAGUCUUUGUGCUUCCCUUCCCCCUCAUCAAAGCAAAGGGGAAAUGUCUCUGUCUAAAGGAGGGAAGAAGAAGCCAGCGCUGAAGCUGUCCAGAGUAGGCUUUGAACAGCCCCCGCCAGCAGCAGCAGCGCCCCCUCGAGAUCUCGACUCAAAAGCUGAUGUCACAAUUGGAGAUCAGAGUUUGGUUGUGAACGCCGAUGAAUUGGAGCUGAUCGAAGAGCUGGGCCGGGGAGCGUACGGCGUCGUGGACAAGAUGAAGCACGUGCCCAGCGGUAUCAUCAUGGCGGUCAAGAGGAUUCGAGCCACGGUAAACACUCUGGAGCAGAAGAGGCUUCUGAUGGAUUUGGACAUUUCCAUGAGGACAGUGGACUGCUUCUUCACGGUGACCUUCUAUGGCGCCCUCUUCAGAGAGGGGGACGUUUGGAUCUGCAUGGAGCUGAUGGACACCUCUCUGGAUAAGUUCUACAAAAAGGUUAACGAAAAAGGCAGAAACAUCCCCGAGGACAUCUUGGGCAAGAUCACAGUAGCUGUUGUCAAGGCAUUAGAGCAUCUGCACAGUAACCUGUCAGUGAUACACAGAGAUGUGAAGCCCUCCAAUGUUCUGAUCAACACUCAGGGCCAAGUGAAAAUGUGCGACUUUGGCAUCAGUGGCCACCUGGUGGACUCUGUGGCUAAAACAAUGGACGCAGGAUGCAAACCCUACAUGGCGCCCGAGCGGAUCAACCCUGACCUCAACCAGAAAGGCUACAGUGUCAAGUCAGACAUAUGGAGUCUUGGUAUCACCAUGAUCGAGCUGGCCAUUUUGAAAUUCCCCUACGACUCGUGGGGAACCCCGUUCCAGCAGCUCAAGCAGGUGGUGGACGAGCCGUCUCCGCAGUUGCCCGCCGACCGUUUCUCCCCCGAGUUUGUAGACUUCAUCUCCCAGUGCUUAAGAAAGAAGCCAAAUGAGAGACCCGCUUAUACAGAAUUAAUGCAACAUCCCUUCCUCACCAUGCACGACUCCAAAGACACAGACGUGGCCAGUUUUGUCAAGGUCAUCCUGGAUGACUGAUGGGCUUCCCCCUGCGGGCCUCGGCCCAUCAGGUUAGGCGGGACGUCUCAGCAAACAAACCAAUGGCCUACUUUUUUUUUUUUUUUUUUUAAAUUUAAAGUUUCUUUUUUUUUACUCACUGGAAUAUCCGACUCUGAGGCACCCACACACAGUGGGGAGGGUGGGGGGGAGGGUACCCAAAGACUGACUGACCGCAGCAUUGGAGAGGACAGACUGGUGGUAAUAUGAACUUGUACGCUCAAAAACAACAACUGGAGAGGUUAAAUUUGCUCCUCCAAGCUUCCUGUGUGCAGUAGUCAACAUGACAGAUAUGAACUGAACCAGAUUCGCUUUGGUUUUCUUUUGUCUUGUUGCUCCUAUUUUUUCGCCCUACAGCCCCUCUGUAUCUCUCUCUCUCUCUCUUUCUUCAGAACGGACAGAGCCAGCCAUCAUUUCUAUGUGACACAUAUUGUAUAAAUACUUUGAAUAUCAUCUGCAAAACCAACAGUUAGUGUAUGUUGUUGUGUAUUGAAAUCUAUAUUUGCGUUCGUAUGUUUUCUCUUUAUACAUCUAUUUUUUUUUUUUUGAUACUGUCUAUCGUCGACAUGUGUGAACUUUACCGGACCGGGGCCUUAUGACAUCA